GGAUGGUGUCUGUCGAUGUCAAUAGGCUCGGCGAGUUCGCGCAAGUCGCGAUAUGGAAUGGCGCGACGUGAAACGGUGAUCGCUAGGACAUCGCGGAUUCCUAUCGGCAUUACGUCGCCAGCUCGUCGCUGUGGUUAUGGUGAAGGUAGCUGCACGUUAACAACACGCAAAUAUUUCAUUGCAAGCUAGUUUUACUCUUUCGGUCGUAGUCCCUUCGGUCGUAUACAUCGUGAGAAUACGACGCGACCAUAAACUGUCGAAGGCGCCGCAGAGCUACUUUUAUGCCAAAGUCGAGCGGCCCAUCCGUCACAGAGAUGCGUGCGCGCACAUGGUGACUUGACAUCGUCUUUCGGGGUCAAUUCGAAGAUAACUUCGCGUUAUAGACACAACGCUGCGACGAGGCUUGGCCGCUUCCCGGCCGCCGCCGUCGCCAUCGCCGCCGCUCGCGACAUCCUCAUGGAACAUUGAUAAACUCGGCGAGACGGUGCUUUCAUAGGAAACUUAUAGGGCUGUAAUGGCGCACGGGAGGAUGUUUAGUUUUGUGAAUUUGUUACUACAAUGAAGUUUAUUAAGUGCAUAUGAAUGACAAUGGGCUGAAAUGCUAAAUGAUUAAAUCAUACAUAUAAAUAUCAUAUACAUUUAUUGUCAGCCAUAGACAUGGCAGCGAUAGAGGAGAAAAAGCGAGUGGGUGGUUCCAAGGUAUCAGCCAUCGCAAACAUCUUCCAAUCCAAACCACAACUGGAUAAUCUUAGUCACAGAACGAAUAACAUUCUCUCAGAUGGUUUUAAAGAACCAGCUGUUCCAUUGAAGGAAUCUCCAACGCAAGUAACUGUAGUUAGGACUGAAAGUCAUGUAGCACGUUUCAACAAUGCGCGAGCCCUCUUUGAAAAACUUGGCGAAGAAAACAAAUUGAGCAAACCGGUAGAGCGGAUCACAAAACCGAAUAAUUUGCACGGUCUCCGGUCUCGUUCGAGCUCUGCAAACUCGGGUUCCGGAUGUACUUCGCCUGCAAGAUCACCUCGUCCUCAUUCACCUUCUCCUCCGGGCAGCCGCGAACAUUUAAGCACAUGGAGCGCCAGUGUACCGACUUUGAAUGCGGAGCGGCAUUUCGAGAACGGUCACUGCGCCGCGGAACGACGUUCUGGCGUAGGUUUGGGUAAAGUCGAACGGACAUUAGGCAAGGAAAAUGAUUGUCCGGAGCGACCGGAAAAGCCGGAGCGCCGGCCAAAUUCAAAGGAGCUUAUUGAGAAACAACGAAAUUGGACUAGCCAUUUCUCCAAGACUAGACCAAAUCGUUACAAUUCCGAUCCAAAUCACUCGCUAGUUCAAACUUCCCUGAAUUCGCAGAAUGCCCAGAGUCAGGUCCAGCAUUCAUCAUCAUUCGUUGAUACAUGUCAGAGCUCGGCAAGCGCAGUCAGUGACUUUGCUAAUCCAGCUACGAGAUCAGCAAGCUUUUGCUCGGCACGCUCACCUCCACCACCACCUCCACCUAUCAGAAAUUCAUCUGCAGCCAAUAGAAGGGAACGACCAGCAAGUAUCGCCGCCGUCAGUCCACCUGAACUACCGAAGAGUCCAGAGUAUGCAAUGAUAGAAGGAUUCGACGACGUUUCGCCGACAAUUCCGGAAUAUGCUGUUGUGCAGAAAAAGAAAUCUCAGAAUGGUUCAAAAGAAAGUAAAAAUGGCGGUACCGAUAAAAUUCAGGAUGCCGCAUUGCCAGAAUAUGCUGUUGUGCAAAAGAAUAACUUGUCGAAAGCAGCUUCGAAACCAGUGGAGAAUUCUAAGGAGCAUAGCAGCUACAGAGGCAACUGCAGGAACAAAAGUGUGACUUCAAGAUUGACAGAAGUUGUAAAAGAUAUUUCUAAAUCUACUGUACAGAAUUCGGUAAACUCAACUACAGAAUCAAUUUCCAAUAGUGAAACUAUAACUUCAAUACCAGUGGAAGAUGCUAAGGAAGUUUCAAUGACCACUGUACAUACUCCAAAAAAUCCAGUUAUAGAAGGAAUUUCAGAAUGUAAAGAUACAGUUUCAAAAACAAUAGAAAACUCGACAGAAAUAUCGAAAAAUUCCACAACUGUGGAAGAAACACCAGCGUUUAAAGCUAUAAUUUCUGGACCAAUAGGCUAUAGAGGAACCAAAAGAAUUUACAAAAAGUCAAUAGCUCCAGAAUCUAAAACUGCCACUGCGAAUGAAUAUAGCGAUUUUCAUGAACAAACGAAAGUAUCAUGCGAAGCUUCUAGUCCAACUCGAAGCACUUUGACGGAUAAUGUCCUAACAAGAAGAGAGAGUGAUCUGUUGGAGGCACCAGAAUAUUUCAAUUGUCCUCCAAGUCCGAUUCAUUCUCCAGCAAAAACCUCUGAAUGGAGAAAUGAAUGGCUAGCGAAAAAUGAUGAGAUUCUAAAGAGAACUGUGGACUUGAGAGAUUUGAAGACUUCAUCGAGAGAGGCUAUAGAAGCAGAAUUGCGUAACGAAGUAAUCAGGCCGGAUCCAAGACCUGAUUGGGCCAGACCGAGUGCAAACGCAAAAAGAAAAGAAAUCGCAAUAGAUGACAAGAGAACAGAACUGCGUUCACCGGAAUCUGAAUUGGGUCUACCUUCCGUAGGCACUGACAGUGCUUCUUCCAGCAUGAGUUCACCAAGUUCACCUUCCAAGGAUAGCAAAGAAGAAAAAGCAGAGAAGGAGAUGUCGGAGAAAUAUCAGACAAGUCGUAGUAGUUAUGACUUGGAAACAGAAGAUCAGGAUAAGUCAGCUACAUAUCAGAGUUGUAUGACAAGCACGGAGAAUUUUACCGAAAAAGAUCAGUUCAAGUUUAAUGAGACAGAUACUACCACGGUCAUUCGACGUUCUCAUGUACGUCUUGAUCUCCAAGCUGCAGGUCUCGGCCCACGUCCACCUUCUGUCAUUAGUUCUGACCAGGAGUAUCCGCCAUUAGAACAUAAGGACAUUCCUGUGCCUUCCCCAUAUGCCAAAAAGUUACAGCAGAAUGAAGAGAUUGUUUUGCAAAGUAAUGUUGAAUGUAAAACUCAAUUGAAAUCAAAUGCAGAGGCAAAGAAUCACAACAGUACUGUGGAAGCGAUGAAAAUUAAUACCACGUCUGUAGAAACUAUGUUGGAGACAAAAACAAAAUCUAGUAAUGAUGGACUAUGUCAAAAAACAGUCUCGAAUGCAAAAAAUGAUCAGAUCAAAAUCAGCGUAAGAGAAAAAAUUGCAAAGAAUAAAGAAGAAGUUUCUGGCAAGCGCUCUAGUUUUGUCGAGACAGAAAGCAAAGCUAAUAGUGUAGACAAAACAACCAUUCGUAACCAGGAAGUGAAUAAUUUUGGGCUUAUCUCGAAAGAAAGCAAAGACGAGGAGAAAUAUAUAACAGAGAUGGCGAAAUCGGAAGUUAGCAGCAAAAAAGAAUGUAUUACAACAGUGAAUAGUGUCUUAAGCAAGAAACUAGAGAAGGAAGUGGAUCAGCCUCAAACAACUUGGGAACAAGAGAAACAGAAGGCUGAGCUAGCGAAACUUCGGUUAUCGGAAAACAAUAAUCAGGGCUCUUCGCUGGCAUCUAGUACGUUUUCGCAAAGACAUUCCAGCAAAAAGUUCAACGAGCAAUUUGUUUCGGAGAGUGGUCAGUUCGACGAUAGUGAUUCUAGUGACACAAAGACUGUUACAAACAUAGAAUGUACGGAAAAAGAAAUGCAGAAUAACUCUACUGGAAUUACAGAAACAUCAUCAAAAACCAGUAUUAAUCAUAUCACUCCCGUGACGCCAGAUACUAUGACUCCGGACGAAGCUGAAAAUCUAUUGAGCUCUCGCAUAUUAGAAAAGAAGAUUAGACAAGGUUCGGCGUUGCUAUCAGACGAAGAAGCGCAGGAGAUAGCGAGGUUGUUGUCUCCCACCAGUGCCAAUGAUGCAAUAAUAGGUGAUGGGAUUUCUAAUGACAAGGAUAAGGAAGGACAGGACAGGGAUAGAGACGACCAGGACAACACGCCCGACUGGCUGUCCGAUGUCCUGUCUGCUCCUGAUUCCAGUCUUAUCAAUAGUGCUACUCAUGAUUAUAGUUUGUCUCAUAGGUCUCGUAGUGAUUUGACAAUAGAUUCAUUGACGGAAAGCCAAAUAGGAUCGGUGACAGGAAGUGAGAGUGGAUUGCUAGGCUCUGUCAGCAGCUUAAACGACACUCACGAAGCUAACGAUGAUACCGAAACUGAGCAUCAGGACGACUAUAUUCCAACUCCAGGAAAAAUUAUACUUGUGGAGAAUGGCGUACAUUAUUUCGAGGAUGGUCACUUCUGGAUGGAAGUGGCAGGAAUUCCCGAGUCUGACGAGGAUGACGAAGAUUAUCCGUCCACUGUACCCAUCAAGAAAACUUCUAAAGUAUCUUUUGACACCGGUCCUAUGCGAGUUUAUUCUACACAUUCUGUCAAUGAAUACGAUCGUCGUAAUGAAGAUGUCGACCCUGUGGCAGCCAGUGCGGAAUACGAGUUGGAAAAACGGGUCGAAAAAAUGGAGGUGUUUCCUGUUGAGCUGAUGAAAGGCCCGGAAGGUCUAGGUCUCAGUAUAAUCGGGAUGGGUGUGGGCGCCGACGCGGGUCUGGAGAAAUUGGGCAUCUUUGUAAAGACUAUUACAGAGAAAGGUGCAGCCGCGCGCGAAGGCCGGAUUCAAGUGAAUGAUCAGAUUGUUGAAGUUGACGGCAAGAGUUUGGUCGGUGUGACGCAGGCUUACGCCGCUAGCGUGCUAAGGAACACGUCUGGUCUCGUACGAUUUGUUAUUGGCAGAGAAAGAGAUCCAAAGAACUCAGAAGUAGCGAUGUUGAUUAGACAAAGUCUCCAGGCAGAUAAAGAGAGAGAAUUGGCGAACGCUGCCAAUAGAAAACUCAACUUCUCUGAUGCUUCGCCUGAUGGACAACGAGGAAGCGAGGAUAUUUCUGUUGGCAGUGGGGUGAGCGGGAUUCCAGGUUCACCUACGAUGUCCUCUUGCUCAGAGGGAGAGACGGCACACAGUCCCAUUGAAAAUUAUUUGUCACCUGGUCGCAGUCGAUCUCCGAUACUCGGUUCAUCCAUACAACAUGCCACUACCACGCAGAGCGAUGUGGACAGUCUAAGAUUACUCUUACAAGAGAGUCAAUAUAAACUCUCAUUAGCGGACGAGGAAGUGGAAAAGCUCAAGGCGAAGUUAGUAGAAUUAGAAAAUAGCGGAGCAGGCAGCGAAGAAUAUGCAGCCAAGUUACGGGAAUCAGGAUUACGUCUUCACGAAUCGGAAAGGGCAUUGGGUACGGCCCGUCAAGAUUUAUUGACAGCCAGAGAGAUGCUAUCACAGGCAACGACGCAAAAUGCAGCUUUACAACAGAAGUACGCUAGAGCCAGGAGAGCUGCCAGGGAACUACGUACGGACAUUGCAGCCAGGGAUGAGUUUUAUCAACAACUGUUACAGGAAAAGGAUACAGAAUACAAUGCAUUGGUCAAAAGUCUCAAGGAUAGAGUGAUCACACUAGAAGUAGAGUUAACGGAAACUCAAAGGCGAUUUGGUUUACCUAUACGGUUACCCUACGAUAAUGCCACUGCUAGGAUAGUAACGCCGCAGCUCUCUCGCAGACAACUACCACCACCGCCUUCGUCAACUAGCUGCCAGCUUUCCGAUACGGAGACCUCUGAUCUUAGUAGCCCAGAUGAUGGUGAUAAGACUGCGACUGUGGAGAGGAAGCUACCUCUGCCAUUACCGGUGAAGGAAGAAUUAGAUCGCGCUGUACCAGCCCAUCGUCUGCUGGACAACUCUGCCGGCAAAAGCAAGGCAGAGCUGGCCAGCAGAGGCGGCCUAGCCAAUCGUCAGUUGCCCCGACGAUCCGGGGGCCUCAGCAACAGUAGUUCUGAUUAUGGAUUGGACGAGUCAGGUGACAACACAGAUGACGAUUCAUCUUCUAAAAUCACUUCGCAAGAUAGCAGCAGGUCACCCAACGAUUUGACAUCCAAACAGUCCAACUUGAGUUCCUAUUCUAGUACUUCGUCCAUCAGUUCGCUCAAAGGAAAAUCGCAUAUGGAUCCUAUACAUCCCACUACGAUUCGACAGCACAGCACCAUUAGUUCACAAGUUAGAGCGAUGACCGAGCAAAGUUGGCCCCAAUCGCAAAAAACUUUGACUGGACCUCCUGCGUCAUUAGCAGAACAAUUGAAGCAAGUUUUGGCCGAGCGAGAAAAACGACUUGGUGGAAACGAUUUCUCAAGGGAAAAUUCUAGAGAUUAUAGUGAUCUCAACAAUCCUCAUAAUAAUGAUCCAACCAUGGUCACACAUCAUCUUGUAGAAGAGAUACGACAGGCUGUUAAUGAGGCUAAUCAAAGAGUGAAAAAGGUAUCGAUUCCACCAUCAAAUUUAAUCGGUAGUGGGAAUGCGCCUUGGCAUCAUCCAGGAAGUUCUCCUUCAAGCUUGUCUUCCGGCGGUUCUGUGAGUCCUCCUGCUGUUGAUCCUAGUCCUUUAAAAGUCGGUAAUGUCACAGGUGACAAGAAGUCCCAUUUCUGGCAGAACGCGCCAGUUGCUGAUUGGUCCAAAGAACAAGUUUGUCAAUGGCUAACGGGAAUUGGUUUAGAACACUAUUCGCCUCAAUUUUUGGACAAUGGCAUUAAUGGAAAUAACUUGCUACGUUUGGAAUCAAGAGAAUUGAAGGCUUUAGGAGUUUACGGCGAAGCUAAAGCCCAUCUGAAGCGCAAGUUGAAAGAAUUAAGAGCGCAAGCCGAUCGUGAGCGUAAAGAGCGUAAGGAAAUCGAGCGAAUGCGACGGAAAGCGGAAAAAGCUGCAAGGAAAAAGUAGCUUGCAAGUGAAUUAAAUGCGUUCAGUAUCAAUUAAAUUCAUUAGGUUAAUGGAUAUUUUUUUAAGCGCGAAGUGUACAGGGUAUCUCGAAAGAGGAGAAUUUAAUAAUAAGAAUUUUAUUGGGCUUUCUACCGAAAAGUCAUCAAAAUUAUUUAUCGAAAAACAUUGCAAAAUAAAUCUUCCAUUGAAAGAAGGUUACCAAA